AUGCUUAAAGCUAUGUCAACAGCGACAAGGCUUUCCAUGCCUACAUUAUCAAGGUCACUUCCUGUGUUUUCAACGUCUUCGUCUCGAUUUGCCAGCAAGGAUCCUACAACACGGAAGGAGGCCCCAAAAAUUGACACAGAAACUGUAAUAGCUUUGCCCGCAGAAGCUAAGGAGAAGCAGCUGUAUGAAUCACAUAUUUCUGUACCAACUAAGGUAGACCUAUCACCAAUUAGUGGAGUACCUGACGAACAUGUCCGAUGCCGCAGAGUUCGUAUUUACCAACCACCAAAGAAUGCUAUGCAAAGUGGUACCAACAAUAUACACCAUUGGGAAAUGGAAUUUGAUACAAGGCAGCGUUGGGAGAAUCCUCUCAUGGGUUGGACAUCCACUGGUGACCCAUUAUCUAAUAUGAAACUCCAAUUCACAAACCCUGAUGAAGCCAUAGAGCACUGUGAAAAGAAUGGUUGGGUGUGGUAUCUUGAUUGUCCAAAAACGGAGAAGGAAUUCAAGACAAAGAGCUAUGGACUCAACUUCUCAUGGAACCGUCGUACCAGAGUCUCCACCAAGUAG